AGAAAAAGAGAGAAACCUUGUUUGACCUAAUUUCUAGUUUUCACUUGGUGCUUGUAGUGUGGUGUGUGUUUGUAGUGUUAUUGGUUAGUUUUAGUUUAGACUUUAGCUCGACACUUUGUGGAAUUCGCUGCUUGCGCAGGGUACAUAAUGUUGUAGAAGCAUCAGUUAGCAGUCCAGCUGCUGGAAUCAUGUUUUCAGUGCGUAUAGUCACUGCUGACUACUAUGUCUCAAACCCUGUUGCUGGCCUGGAUGCAAAACUUUCAUCGUCGGUUCAAGUUCCAGUUAUCCGUAUAUUUGGAUCCACACCAGCUGGUCAGAAGACAUGCUUGCAUGUUCACGGUGUUUUUCCAUACUUGUACGUGCCAUAUGAUGGCACGCAACCUUGCAGUACAUAUCUGCACCAAUUUGCUGCCAGCUUGGAUAAGGCCAUUAACAUUGCUACCGGUCAUUCUACCAGCAAUACCAAACAUGUGUACAAAAUCAGUUUGGUGUCUGGAAUACCCAUGUAUGGCUACCACGAAAAGGAGGAGCAGUUUUUAAAAAUCUAUUUUUACAAUCCAAAUUUGAUUAAAAAAGUUGCUGAUUUACUGCUGGGAGGAGCUGUAUUAAAUAAGGUUUUCCAACCGCAUGAAGCUCAUAUACCAUAUUUAUUGCAGAUGUUUAUUGAUUACAAUCUUUAUGGUAUGAAUUUGCUGAAUGUUAACCAUGUCAAAUUUCGGCGGCGCCAAACUAAAGGUAAGCUGAAACUUCAUGUUCUGGUUUUGGAGUAUAAACUUACAUUGCAGGAAAGCUUCAGGACCUUUUGAACUCACAGUAACACA